AUGGAGGCGGUGAUAAUAGCAGCUGCGACUUGGAAUCCUGUCGCGAGUUGCAAAUCCUGUUCUAAUAAGAGGAGCCGCAUGAGAGCUGGAGCAGGGAAGCGCGGCAAGUUCGCAAGCAGCGCGUCUCCGAGCGUCCGUCGCAUUGCCACCAGUUUCCCUUCCCCAACGACUGAGGACACCAACGUGCGCAUGCGCAGGAAGCGCGGCGGGACAGCUGGCGGGCCCUCAUUGGGCAUCCGCGUGGGCGCGGGGGCCGCAGCGACCGUCAGCCUGCUCGGCGUUUCUGGGGGAGGCGGCAUCUACGGCAGCGCUGGCGGAGGAGGCUCGGGGCGCGGAAGGGGGGGAGGGGGGGGAACGGGAGGCGGAAUAGGGGGCCCAGCAGCGGGGGGAGUGGGGGUGAUGAAGCUUGUACAGGAGCACUAUCUUCGGGAGGACAUCAAGUGCGGGUCUGCGCUGUGCUACGCGUGCUACACGCACCUCCCCCGCCAUGACCCGCUGCUCUUUGGGGAUGUGCUCCCCUGCCAGCUGCUCCCCCGAGAGCUGCUCUGGCAGUUCCCUGAGGAAGGCCUGCUGCUUUACGCUGAGGCGGACCGGCCUUCUUUGUCCGCUAGUGCGAGACACUACGUGAUCCCCGAUGCAGCCUCGCUGGUUGAAUUCAUGGAGGUGUGGGAGCUACCACCGAUACGCCACACAAUCGUGCUGGGCUCCGUGCUCAAGGAGGUGCUUCACUACUCCAGCGCCUAUCACGCGGGACGCAUCCGUGCUCUGUGUGAAGAUGGGCGGAGGGAGAGCUCCUACUUUGACGACCGGCACUUCCUCUUCACGCACACCAUGGCGGAGGAGAGGCGGGCGAGCUUGAGAGUCACACUUGGUGAUGCUGCUUCUGCUGAAGUGGAUCUGUGUCACGUGGUGGCGGCAGCACAGUGGUUCUCAACCCAUCUGCACCGCGCCAUACCCAUCCUCAUCGUGUCGGACGAGCUGGCAGCAGCACGUGGCAGCAUGCCAUUGGGCGAGGUGCUGCAGGCCGUGCAGCGUAACGAAGUGGUGGUGAUGACAAACGAGGCAUUCUUCCAGACCUACUACGGCCACUGCACCACUGUCACCACGCUCAUGGACUCUCUCGCCACCCAGCAUGCCUUGCGCCUCUCGUCAUCCUUCAAAUCCACGUCUGGCAGCGGCAGGCUCAGUGGCAGCAGGUUCGGAAGCGGCAGGCUCGGCAGUGGGAAGCAGCGCAAGGAGGUGUUCACACCGCACCUGUCAAGCUCAGCAGUGGCGGAGGGAGUGGCAGUUGGAGCUAUCCGAGUGGGAGUGCUGCACAUCACAACCACCGAGCCUUUCAAAGCCACCGUCAGACCCAAUCGCAAGCAGUUACAUUCGCCACACAGCGACAUCACCAUCCUCUCAUGGCGGCAGCUCAACCGCGCUCUGCCAGGCGACACCGUGGCAGUCAGGCUGCUGGGCAAGCGCAGGGUGGGGGACAGACAGGUGGGGGGUGGGCACAUGGGGGGAGGGCACAUGGGGGGCGGGAAAAUGGGGGAAGGGCACAUGGGGGCCUGGCAGAUGGGGGGAGGCGGCGUGGAGACGAGGGAUGGGAGAAGGGGUUGGGGAGAGAGUGAGAAAGAGGGGGAGGGGAUGAGGGGGGGAGAGGAGGAUGUGGUGGGCGUGAGGAGGUAUGAGGGUGGGCGGAGUGAGAGAACGGGAGAUGGAGGUGCGGUUGUUGAGGGUGGCAGUGCCGGUGGGGAGGAUGGGGAUGAGGGUGCCGGCGGUGGUUGGGUUGGUGGUGGUGGUGGUGGUGGUGGUGGUGGCGGUGUUGCUGCUGCCACAUCUGACGCUCACCUCCCCCCGACCCCUUCAGCCUGGGAUGAGGCACCCCCUCCCCCAGCCUCUUCAGGGUGGGGGGAAGCCCCGCCCCCGCCUCCCCCUACUGGCUGGGGGGAAGCUUCGCCUACUCCACCUCCACCCACAGGCUGGGAAGAAGCCCCCCCUCCCCCACCCCCUACUGGCUGGGGGGAGUCCCCUGCCGCCCCUCCCCCUCCCCCUACUGGCUGGGGGGAGGCUUCCGCUGCUUCCCCUACCCCUGGGUGGGGGGGUGGAGGGUGGAACGGGGGAGGGGUGAGGGAUGGAGGAGGGGACGAUCGCAGGGGACAGGCGGGGUGGCAGGCGAAGGAGCAGGGGCAUGGGGGCUGGGGAGGGCUUGGCGAUGGGCAGGGACAGGGGGGUGGGGAUGGAGAUGUGUACGGACAGGGGCAGGGGGGCGGGGAUGGGUAUGGAGUUGGGUAUGGGCAGGGGCAGGGGGGUGGAGAUGGGUAUGGGCCGGAUUACAGUGGGUGGCAGGCGGGUUGGGAUGGGAAUGCGCAGGGGCAGGGGGAUGGAGGGGAGGAGCAGAGUGGGAGCAAGGUGGGGCAGGAGAGGUGGCACCGGAAACGACCUGCAGCCUCGCACUGGAAUCAGCACAGUGGGCGUGGGGGUGGGCAUGGGGAGGACUGGGGAAACGGGGAGUAUGAGGAGGGUGGGGAGGGGGAGGAGUAUGAGAUGGUGGGGGAGGUGGUGAGUGUGCUGCACCGAGUGAGCCGUGACUUUGUGGUUUGCCUUAAAGACCACGUGGAUGAGGUGGAGGGGGGUGCUGUGGGGGCGAGAGGUGGGGCGUGGCUGUGGGGGGAGGAGGAAGAGGAGGAAGAAGAGGAGGAAGAGGAGGAGGAAGAGGAGGAGGAAGAGGAGAGUGAAGAGGAAGAGAGUGACGAAGAGGAGGGAGAGGAUGAACAGGAGGAAGAGGAAGGAGAGGAGGGAGGGGAAGAGGAGGCAGAGGAGCAGCACAGGCACAGUGUGCUGUCAGCUGCACAUGAGCCGGCAGAAGGAGCAGCAGUGCAUGCUGUGAGAAGCUCCAGCACAACCGCAUGCAGCGAGCCGGACACCACGCCGUACAGCAGUGUGCGGGGUGGCAGCAGCAGGAGGAGCGAGAGCAUGGGCGUGGGGAGCAGGGAGAGCAGCGUGCGCAUGCACAGCAGCAUGGCGGCGAGCAGCACGAGAGCCAGCUCGCGCAGCAAGCUCUCCCGUGCCUCCUCCUCCAAGUGA